UCCAGGAAGUGAGUCCUAUGACAACAACCCUGUGACAAACCUACGCUGUGUGCUUUGGCUUGAGGAACACUUUUUAUUGGAAACCGCGAAAAAUGGAUUGAUCGUGUGAUUACGGGAAGAGCAUGGAGAAUGAUGAAUUUCCGUCAGCGGAUGGGGUGGAUUGGAGUCGGACUGUACUUGCUGGCCAGUGUUGCUGCAGUGUAUUACAUAUUUGAGAUCAGCCAAACAUACAACCGACUUGUGUUGGCACAAGUGGAAAAAACAUCUGGAGCACAGGCAAAAUGGUCAGGAGACGCUUCAUCCUCUUCCCCUUCUACGACCUCAUGGAUAGUGACUCUGAAAACAAGACUUCUCCUCCUGCCCUUCUGGGUUUGGGCCACCAUUUUCCUCCUCCCCUACCUGCAGGUGUUUCUCUUUCUUUACUCCUGCACGAGAGCGGAUCCCAAGACUGUAGGAUACUGUAUUCUGCCAAUCUGCCUUGCUGUUCUCUGCAACCGUCACCAAACAUUCACCAAGGCCUCCAAUCAGAUCAGCAGACUGCAGCUGAUUGACACCUGAAGAUGUGGGAUCAGAUCUUGGUGCCAUACAGUUUGGUGACUUUGAGUUUGAACGAUACAAAAGUGCAUUCAAUAAUAAUUUUUUAUUAUUUUCCAGUCCUGACUUCUUCUUUUUCUUUCUUUUUUUGGUUAUAGGAGUUAAAUGAGGACUAUAUUUAGGACUUUUCUGUGUUUUUCUUUACAAAUGAAUUGUUUGCAGUCCCACACCAGUUUUUAUUGUGUAAUUUUAGCAAAAUAGUGAUGUUUCAUACUGCGUCCUUUCAAGCCAAAUGAUGUAAGUGGUCUGCAUUUUCAUUAAGUAGAUUUAUUAAAGAGGAUGCACAAGUGUUUUCCAUGUAAGCACAGUGUAAGGUACUUUUUAGACGUUUAAUUUACAUUGAAAUAAAAGAGCUUUUAUAAUUUAAUUUAAAUUUGAUCAAGAAAGUCCAAGUCGCCUAAAUGGAGUCUGUUAAGCCAUGGUCCAAGCUUUGGAGAACAUUGUUGGGCCUGCAUGCAGAACUCUGAUGCUAAACUACUUGAAUAACACUUGUAAUUGUGAGUGGAUUGACUAGAAAUCAAUAUGAAUAAAGCUUUGUCAGUGUAUACAAGUAUAGAUGUUUCCAUAGCAUGAGGCCAAUGGAUUUGUAGUGUCACUUUAAUGCUUCAGUUGUUUGUUUCAACUCCAGCAGACUAUUUGUUAGUGGAAACUAUGAAAACUGCUAACUAGUUCCACUAACAGGAUGUUUUUAUUUCUUUAAACCAGUGUCUGAUUUGUAUUGAUUAUAAAAUGCACUCAAGGAAGGAUGUAAUAAGUGUAAAAUGUAAUAAGGAAACAUUUGUAUUAAGAACAACCAAUCUGUGAUGAAUGCGUUUGAAUAACAGUAUUUAUGUACGAUCAAAUAUGAUUCCUGUCAGCUCUUGAAAGUAUUUUUCUGCAAAUCUGUUCGACAAAUACAUAAUUAGUAUCAUCAUAGCCAUGAUCGAGUGUCCUCUAAGAAAAGACAUCAGUGUGUUUUGCAAAGCAAGUUGUUCACAUUCAUUGUCUGUUCGUAAUAGUUGUGCACUCAAUCUCAUGUCUUAUUGUGGAGGGAUAUCCGUAUAAUUUUAUAGCGUGGAUUAUCUUAUCUAGUAGCAGAAAUGCAAAGGGUUCUUUAAAGUUGUUGGGUGUGGUAGAUCACAAUGAGAUUCGAGUUUCAUAUAAGCCUGUGCCACAGAUGCAAGUGUUUUGGUUUUCAAAGCGACUUUGUGGAUAUAUUGGGUCAUAUUUGGGUGAUUCAUUAAUUUGUUAAAAUGUUGAAAAAUCCUUUUUUUUCCUCAAAGGGCUUGACUGUGAUUUAUUUUUUUUUUAUGAUAAUGUUUAAUGGGUAUUUGUUGAUAACUUUCCAUUGCAAUCUCAAUACACUGUGGUUUGAAACAACUCUGGAUUCUGACAAAAUCAAUAAAGAAAUGUAAUGUG